AAUACCGACACCGUCACAUUGAACUUGUGAAUUGCGCCAUCGAAUUUCGCGAAGCGUAUAUGCAUUUUUCUAGCUUCUCGAACAUCCUCGUAUCAACCAAUCGUAGCGGAGGAUGAUAGCCGAGAUCGAAUGUCAAAUACGAAACAUCGUCUGAAUUUCGAACAUAACUUAGAAGGUCGCUGUUGGACCUCAUAUGGGGACCACUUCGUGGUUCACCGUGCUUCACCCGUGGUUCACGCGUGUAUUUGCAAUUAUGUCGGCUCGUGCAUCGCGGCAAAACUUGGUGAACGAGUCUUCCGUGUUGUGCUUCUCCUAAGGAACACUUAAUGAACACGAGACAUUAGUCGUACAUCAGAUUGUGAAAUUCAAGAGCAUUGCCCAGAGUAAAAUAUCGUGCCCGAAUUUACUCUCAAUCUGUUGGAAUCUUCUGAUGAGAAUUUGGUGCACCCAGAAUGGCAGGAGUUUUCGAUAUUGAGCUGCACGACGGAGAUGCUACCAAUCAAGAUGAAUCAGACGACGAUGUGAUUGAACACAGAGAGGAGGAGUAUAAUCAUGCUGCGACUGUAAGCGCUAUAUUGGAGUCGGAAAAUUUAGAGAGAGUUCAGUUGUCAGAACAGAAUGUAAAUCCUGGCCAGGAGAAAGCUGGCCCACAGGAUUUUGAAUUAUGCAAGAUCUUAGGAGAAGGUGGUUACGGAAAGGUCUUCCAAGUAAGGAAAGUCACUGGAAAGGAUAAAGGCAGCAUCUUUGCCAUGAAAGUACUGCGCAAAGCAUCAAUUAUAAGAAAUCAGAAAGAUACUGCUCACACCAAGGCUGAAAGAAACAUCUUGGAAGCUGUGAAGCAUCCAUUUAUCGUGAACCUCAUGUAUGCUUUUCAAACUGGCGGCAAAUUAUAUUUGAUCCUGGAAUAUCUAUGCGGUGGUGAGCUCUUCACGUACCUCGAUCGAGAAGGGAUCUUCUUGGAGGAUACAGCUUGCUUCUAUCUGUCUGAAAUUAUACUGGCACUGCAACACCUUCACAAUCAGGGAAUUAUAUAUAGAGACUUAAAGCCGGAGAAUAUUCUGUUGGAUAGCGAAGGUCAUGUUAAAUUAACGGACUUUGGUCUUUGCAAGGAACAUAUACAGGAGGGCACAGUGACGCACACGUUUUGUGGAACGAUAGAGUACAUGGCUCCCGAGAUCCUGACCAGGAGCGGCCACGGUAAAGCCGUGGAUUGGUGGAGUCUGGGUGCAUUGAUGUUCGACAUGCUUACAGGAAUGCCGCCGUUCACCGGUGACGAUCGAAGGAAAACCAUCGAGAAGAUCUUACGAGGAAAGCUGAGUCUUCCGCAGUACUUGACACCGGACGCCAGGGAUCUUAUCCGGAAGCUGUUGAAGAGGCAAGUUGUGCAGAGAUUGGGCUCCGGUCCUGAGGACGCCGAGCAGAUCAAGAACCAUAACUUCUUCAAGCACAUCAACUGGCAGGAUGUAAUCGCGCGGAAGUUGGAUCCGCCGUUCAAGCCGUCCUUAAAGAGCGCCGACGACACGUCCCAGUUCGACGAACAGUUCACCGCUACCGUGCCGGUCGACUCGCCGGUGGAAAGUACUCUCAGUGAAUCCGCGAACAUGAUCUUUCAGGGCUUUACGUACGUAGCGCCGAGCGUCCUGGAGGAGAUGUACGCGCAGCCGAAAGUUGUGAACGCCAGAAGCCCGCGUAGGGGACUGUUGAGCACGGGUUUCGGCAUGGCCGCUGGUCUUCACGGCUUUUCAUCGCCCAGGUCGGCGUUGGACGUUCACCUGCGCCCGUCGUUAGAUUUCCAACAGCACAGGCAUCAUAUGCCCGUAGGGCCCAACAGCGUAGAAGACGCUGAAAUGGUAGACCUCGGUCAACUAUCGAAUCGUUUAUAGUGCCGCGACACAUCGCGUGCAAAUCAUUAGCUUUUUCCGACGCAAACUAGGGACAAGAAAAAUAUACAUAUAUAUAUAUUCGCCUGUGUAAACGUUUGUUCGCCGAAUCGCCGUUCACGUUCAUUGCUCGUGCCGAUAUAGACGAACAGAUGUAUCUAGAAGAUUCAAUAUGUAUAGUAAAAAAAAGAAAUAGCAGCAGCAAGUUCGGACGAUUUCCUUGAUAUCGCGGUGCCAGCCUGAACACGAUCUUGCUUAGGCCUUUGACGAUUUCAAGACGGCUUACGUUCGUUUGCAACGCGGGAAAACGAGUAACGUGUGUUUUUUCGCUGUGUAAAUAGAUGUGGAUGAUUAAGAGCAAGUACAUUCUUUAGGGGGCAAACUUACGGGCUAAACGUGCAACACUGACAAGCAGAAUGCAGUUCAAAUCCGAUGCGCAGAAAAGAAAUUAGUCUUAAAUCAAGAAUAGAUUUUCUCAUGUAUAGGCGAGAAUAUUGCAAUCUUCUUAGAAGAUUUUUAGUCUUGAUUUGAUUGAAUUCGUAUUGAUGCAAGUAUUACUUGCACUCAAUUAAAGACUAAACAUUUUCGAAGAAUAUUAUAAUAUUCUUGCUUAUUUAUGAGAGUAUCUAUUGUUGAUUCAAGUUAAGACUAUUUCUUUUCUGUGUGACUACGUGUCGCGGAAGUAGUAUAUCACGAUCAGGUAGCUAAUGAUAGCGACCGUUUUUACUAGUACAACUUGAUUUCGUGUAAAGUGACGUAUACUUCAGAUAGAUAUUAGAAUCCAAAUGCUGGAAAAGAAGUGAUUAAGAAAAAAAUGCGACUCGGAGACGAACGGAUCUUUGACGAAAAAAUGUCGCGAGGUAUUUUCAUUUCAAGAACGUCGCAUGAUGGGAUUCUUUGAUUUUUUUUUCUAUCUUUGUUAGAUCGAGGCAUUGUUAUGUUUUCUACAUAGUAGAAUUUCUUGUUUCUAAUAUCUUGGAAAGUUUGCGACCGGAUCAUUUUAAGCGAAGUAAUGUGCACUUCGAGUGAGAAUGUACUUUUCUAAUCUCCAUUAUAAUCUCCAUUAUAAAUAAUUUGCUUUCCAUGCAAUAGAUAUCGAAGUAUAUAUAUAUGUAAGAGACACGCUCGGAUUUUUGACGUCGAUUCUUGCGGAAAUGAGUAUUACAUUCCAGUGCAUUUUGCGUACCCUGGAUGUGUUAUGAUGAUUUUGAUUCGCGUUCGCGCAAGAUGAGACGUCGUAAUAUAAGUGUUGGGGGCGAGUAAGUCCAGUUGUCUCGUUUCUACAAUUACAGUGUAAUUAAUUCCAUUGAAUGUAGUUUGGUUUACGUGGUAAAGCAAAACGGCGAUCCUGGAAUAAAAACGAAAAGAGAAAAACGGACAAUUGUUGUAUUAUAUAUAUAUGUAUGUAAGAGAGAGAGAGAGAGAGAGAGAGAGAGAGAAAGUGGAAUUAAUCCUCUGAGACGAUUGUAUUUAGGGCAACAGUAUAAUGUUGCAUUUUACGGAACGGCAUUUCUCUCGUAGGGAUAAUCACGACUGCUAAUGUCAUUUCCGGUAGUGUAGAGGUAUGAAUAAGUACGAUGUUUCAAUUAUAAUAGUGAGUGUAUUCUCUUUUUAUCUAUAUACAUCGAGUCUCGUUGCUACUUGUAAUUAACUGAUGGAUUAAUUGUACAUAUAUAACUGCCAAUCCGGAUUCUACUUCCCAAAGUUCUAGUGUCAUAUCACAUAGAGAAUGUAAUCCAUUUGCAAAGAACGAUCACGCAAACAGAUUUCAAAGUGCCCAAGUGUUCAAAAGCCGACUGGUGGCUAGUAUUACAUAUAAUUUACAUUCGUACGUUAUAUAUAUAUGGAAAAAAAUAUAUAUGCAGAAAAAAAAACGGAUUGUUACUAGCUAACCGUGUUAUAGAAACAGAAUUAUAGAGUGAGAGAAAUUAUUAUACUUUCUAAGACCUACUUAAGCGAUGCGCGCCUUACAAGUAAACCCAAUCUGGCCAAUAUCUGUAAUAUACGUAUAUUAUCGAUGGUCCCAUGUAUCAUCUUGGCGAGAAAGACAUGUAUACGUUGCACUAAAAUUACACAUGAUUAUAUAAGGAUACCAAUAAUAAUAAUAUAUUAACGCAUUUCAUUGAUUUGUAAAAAUGAUAUAAAAUGCAUGCUAUAUUAUAAUAAAAAAACUUAUGCAGCGAAUUAAUGUUUGUAUUACGGGUCGUUAUUAGGAGUAUAUUCCACUGUCAUUGAAUAAAAUGCUGCAAUUUA